UAAAAAUAUUCGAGAAAUUUGGUGCGGUCUGCACGUGGAUCCUUUUUGUGGUAAACGCCAUCAAGAUGAAGGCUAGCGGUCUUCUCAAACAGUACGAGAUCAUCGGACGGCCCUUGCCGUCCGAAAAGCUCAAGCACCCCCCACUGUACAAGAUGAACAUCUUUGCCCCCGACAAGAUUGUAGCCAAGUCGAGAUACUGGUACUUCACCCGCAAGCUGAAGAAGAUGAAGAAGACUCGCGCCGAGAUCGUGUCGCUGCGUCGUAUCUACGACAAGAGCCCGACCAAAGUGAAGAACUUCGGAGUGUGGCUGCGAUACAACUCUCGCAGUGGCACACACAACAUGUACCGGGAGUACCGUGACAUGACCGUGGCUGCUGCCGUCACCCAGUGCUACCGCGACAUGGGUGCCCGCCACAGCGCUCGUGCGUCGUCCAUCCAGAUCAUCCGCGUGGAGGAGAUUGCGGCCGCCAAGUGCAGGAGGCCCCACAUCAAGCAGUUCCACGACAGCAGGAUCAAGUUCCCUCUCCCGUCGAGGAUCAACCGCAACUUCCACCAGCCCAGAUUCACCACUGUGCGACCGGAUGCCAAGUUCUAGUCCGGGUGUAACCGGGACUGUGAAUAAAAAACUGGAGCCACCCCCA